AUGUCGACCGCCGCUCGCCGCCGCCUAAUGCGAGACUUCAAGCGCAUGCAGACCGACCCGCCUGCUGGUGUUUCUGCGUCUCCCGUCCCCGACAAUGUCAUGACCUGGAACGCCGUCAUUAUCGGUCCCGCAGAUACCCCCUUCGAAGACGGAACCUUCAGGCUUGUGAUGCACUUCGAGGAACAAUACCCUAACAAGCCGCCAUCCGUGAAGUUCAUCAGCCAGAUGUUCCACCCAAAUGUCUACGCCACGGGCGAGCUAUGUCUCGAUAUUCUCCAGAACCGCUGGAGUCCGACUUACGACGUUGCAGCCGUGCUUACCAGUAUUCAGAGCUUGUUGAACGACCCGAACACCGGAUCUCCCGCGAACGUCGAAGCGUCCAACUUAUACAAAGAUAACCGCAAGGAGUAUACCAAGCGGGUUCGGGAGACCGUGGAGAAGAGCUGGGACGACUGA